CAGCUCGCGUCAGAGAACCGCCCCGCAGUCCAGAUGAGCCGAGCUGAUGUGAGCGCCAGGCAGAGAUACUGAAUAGUUGAUGAGACAAUAGUUAAGUUUGACAGAGGGGACAGGAUGGAAAGUCUGCAACUUAUCUCUUUCUCCAUUCUGGACCGAGACGGAGAACUGUGAUGGAAAAUUACUCUGCGUCCGUGCAUGUGCGCGCCUGAGAGGAGAAAAGAAAUAGAGCGAGCGCGAAGGUGAGGAAGAAAAGUGGAUGAAAUGGUCAGCAUAAAAGAAAGUCCAGAAAUAAAGUUGUCAGAGAGGCGCGGUGAGGGAUGUUAGGAGAGCUCGGGUGAUCUCAGUGCUUACUCAGGGCCUGGAAAUGCAGCGUCUCACACCUGAGAAUCGCAGGAGCUUCAAUUGGAGUGGCUGGAAGACGCUCCUGCUGCCGCAGCUCAACAGACGCUCACUGUUUGUCUACGGCAGUGAGGUGGCGGUGGAGAAGGAGUGUAUCAGACAGAAAGAGGGAGGUGUGUUGGUCAUCCACCCCUUCAGCCGAUUAAGGAGUUACUAUAUUAUGUGCAUGGUGGCCAUAACAUUUCUCAAUCUAAUUGGGAUUCCAAUGGAGAUUGCCUUUCUGGAUGGAAACAGUGGAGUAGGUUGGGAGGGUUUUAACGUGUUCUCAGACACCCUGUUCUUGAUUGAUGUAGGGGUGAAUUUUCGCAUGGGAAUCAUUCCUGAGGACUGUGAGAGAGCCAUACUGGAUUUGAAAAGCAUCCGUCACCGGUAUUUAAAGAGCUGGUUUAUACCUGAUUUGGUGGCAGCUUUCCCAGUUGGCUACAUACUUCUUAUUGCGGAUCUACAAUACCACAGUGACUCUCCUUCAUCGAAAGCCAGCAAAAUGAUGCGCAUCCUAAUGUUUGUGCGAAUCAUUAGCCUUGUCCGUCUGCUGCGAGUGUCAAGGCUGGUUAGGUUUUUCAACGAGGUUGAGAGAGUUUCAAAUGCCAACUUGGAGGUGGUGAGGGUAUUCCUGAAAAUCUUGUCGUUGUUUAUGAUGAUUUUCCUGCUGUGCCACUGGAAUGGCUGUAUUCAGUAUUUCGUGCCUAUGCUUGAGGAAUUUCCCUCAGACUGCUGGGUCAGAAGAGAGAAUCUGAUGAAUGCCUCAGUGGGAGAGAAGUACUCUUUUGGAGUUUUUCGGGCGCUCUCUCAUAUGACUGCAAUAUCAUACGGUUCUUCUGAAACACCUACAAGCAAGGAGUAUACUUUUUAUCAGCCGAUUCAGCAAUAUGUUUUACACUAAAAUAACAGAGCAGAUUGGAUACUUAUUUAAUGCUUAGUGUUUGUCUGUUUUUAAAGAUGAUGUUGAGCUGUGGAUUGUCAUGACCAGCAUUAUGUCUGGAGCCCUCAUGUAUACGGUGAUGGUAGCAAACACGGCUGCAAUGAUGACUGAUGUGGAUUUAACAGCAAGAGCCUACAAGAACAAGAUGAAUCACCUGGAAGAUUAUAUGACCUUCAUGAAGCUUCCCAAAGCCCUUCGUAUGCGUAUCAACAACUAUUAUCAGUCUCGUUAUGCAGGGAAAUGGUACGAUGAGAAAGACGUCUUAAAGUGGGUGUCCUCGUCUCUCAGAGAGGAAAUUCUGAUAACCAUGUGUUCGGCCCUUGUGAGGAAAAUCCCCAUUUUGCGUAACUGUGAUAUAAACUUCAUCAACGGGCUUCUUGUGGAGCUGCAAUACGAGGUUUACCAGGAGGGAGACAUCAUCAUCCGAGAGGACACCGCUGGAGAGCGGAUGUUCUUCAUCGAGCAUGGACAGGUCCUAGAGGAGAACGAGUUUUACCAGAGGGAACUGAGCGACGGAGAUUACUUCGGAGACUCAUGUCUCCUAAGAAGAGGAAGGCGUUUGGCCACAGUACAAGCUCAGACCACCUGUCAGCUCUUUUCCUUGUCGCUGGACAGUUUUUAUAAAGUUUUGGAGGACUAUCCAGACAUCAAGAGGGACCUGGAGAAAUCUCAACAGGAAAAAGACCUUUUGUUAUGAUGAGAAAAUGGCCACUCCUGCUUCACGUGAUUUUUCAGACUGAGCUAUGCUAUGAUAUCUGGUGAAGAAGGGCAUUAACAUCACUACCGCCCUACAUCAGACAAGCAGAUUGGAAAAUGGAUGGAUGAAUGAAUAUGGGCAUCAAACAACCCCAUUGGAAUGGGAUUUUAGAUGGUUUGGUCUUCCUUGUCCAAGUCUUCCUUCAUCUCCUUCUACUGCUGUGAUACUUUCUAAGGCCCAAAGGAGGAAGCAACAUCACAGUUUAGAGAAGCCUGUCUCAAAUUUACUCAUGUAUUUAUGAUCUCUGCUUCUUGCUCCUCUAGUUUCUCUAGUAGGAUCUUCCUCAUUUUGUAUUCUUCAUUUCCCUGUUUUAUUUUAUCUGAAUGGGUUCUUGUUUUAGAUGGACUCAUAGUUUAAAUAUCUUAGAAUAAAAAAAAUAAAUAAAAAAAGAAACAAAGUCAAAUGCACAAAAUAAAAUGAAUGACUGUUCCUGUUUGUAAACUUUUAAAUAUUAGAAUGUCCGUUAUUUCUUAAUUUAUUUAUGUUUGAGGGAAUAAACAUUUUGGAUGAAUCUUUCUAAUUAAAAGAGAAUAAUGAGUGCAGAAAAAACAUUUUGUCAGGGCCUGGAAAUAACCUACUAUAUUUUACAAAAAAAUAAAUAAAAAAUAUUUAUUUGCCGAAAGUUUUAUCAAAUGGUCCAAAACUAGACAAGCUCUUUUAUAAAGGCUGGAUGUUUCAAAAAGCCCUGAUUUAAAAAUACGUAAUAAAAAAUUUUGUGAAUAAGCAAGAAAAGAUCAUUGCACUAUUUUGUUCACUUUUUGUUUGUUUGAUUUUGAAAACAUUUAUUUUUGUGAAGAUUGCAUUAUGUUUUUAUUCCUGUCAGUACACAAUAUGUUCAGCUCUUCUUUAUUUUUAUUAUAUAUUUUUAGUACCUAUUAUUAUGUAUAACUAUAUUUAGCUGUAAAAGUUUCCCUAUAGUCGGAAAAAUGUUGAAAUGUUACUCCUAUACAUGGAAAUAUAGAGAUCAAAUAGUGUUUCUAAGCUGAAAGAUACCAGAACCUUGUCUUUUGUCUGUCAAUAACAUGUAAAUCAUGCAUUAAAGAAAAUAAAUCCUUUUUUAAAUCAUGA